GGACUUGAGGUUAUGUUUAUUUCGAUCGACUUGUUGAUGUGAAAAUCAACGAUUAUUUCUUUUCUGUACAAUAGUACAAUCUUUAAUCUUCUGGUUUAGAUAUCUCAUGGUCGAGAUAUCUUAAACGAACUGUAUAAAACCUUUUUUAACGUCAAUUAACGGCCAUCAUGGAGCAGAAUCAGGUGCCCAGAUUUCCGCCAAGAAAGGCUCCAAAUAUCAUGGUAACUGGUACUCCGGGUGUUGGAAAAUCAAGAAUGUGCCAUCAGAUUUCCGAGAUGACGGGCCUUCAGUGGAUUGAGAUAUCUAAAGUGGCCAAAGAAAACAACUGUGUUGAAGAGUAUGAUGAGGUUUAUCAUUGCCCUGUGUUGGACGAAGAUAAAUUGAUGGACGGGUUAGAAGAAACCAUGGGUGUCGGAGGAAACAUAGUGGACUACCACAGUUGUGAAUUUUUCCCAGAGAGGUGGUUUGACGUAGUGUUUGUAUUAAGAACUGACAAUACUCUCUUAUAUGAUCGUUUGGUGAGUCGAGGAUACACUGGAAAGAAACUUGAAGAUAAUAUGGAUUGUGAAAUAUUUCAAACAAUUCUUGAAGAGGCCAAAUCAUCAUAUAAGCCUGAAAUAGUGCAUGAGUUGACUAACAACACCCUCGAACAGCUGGAAUUCAAUGUGCAAAAUAUAUGCCUUUGGAUAAAAGAAUGGUUUGAUCAUCAAGAAGCACGUGAGCAGUUACAAAAACAGCAAGCUGGCCAAUUAUCAGCAGGACCACAAAUUGCUUGAAUUCAAAAUGGGUUUUGAAUAUAAUGAUGGAUAAAUAAGGAUAAGAUUUCAGAGAAUAUCAUCAAAACAGAACUUCAAAGCUGAAAGUUUCAUGUGCUUUGUAAAUGGAACUAAAUGGGACAUAUUUUUUUAGAUUACUGGGUAAUUCUGACUCAUUAAAUGUUAGAUUCCUCAUAUAUUGGAAUUAUGUCAUGGAAAUCAUAAAAUGAAUAUAUUAUUCAGAAAAUUGUUUUCAAAUAUGCAGAAUGCACAAUCAUAUUUACUAGAAUAAAUGUAUAUAAGUGUUAGAUAA